AAUGACCCAGGGCAAGAUGUAAACAUGAAAUAGUCAAUUCUUGUCAUUUUGAAUGCUCUCAUUUUUAUUCAUUUCCUCCCUAUGCAGCACCAGCCACUUUACCAUUUCCUUCCCAGCUGCGUGAGGCUCAGCUAAGUCACCACACAGGAGAGCAGUAAGGCCAUUUGAGACCAAGCCUGGUCCUCAGGACUGCGCUCUCUCCCUGCCACCAGGCAGCCUGCUCCAGUCCUGCUCAGCCAUCUCUACACUUCUCUGACAGAAUGAAUGCCCUCCAUGGUGUCCCCUUCAGGAUGCCCAAUGGCUUUGUGAUAGGCACAGAGCCUCUUCCUGGGCCAGAGCUCAGCAUCCCAGCUUGCAGGGAGCUUCUGUUGGGUUCUAUGCACGACUUCAGCUUGGAGAGGAGGGCGCUCUUCUGGGUGGAGGCCGUUGUCCGGGGACCCUGCCGGUUCCAAUGCGACGCCACGGGAGCAGCGUCAGCGCCUCCCGCCUGGCUCUUGCUGGUCAGACCCGACGGCGGGCUAGUGCCCACGCCUGCCGAAGACACGGGCCCUGAGACUGGAUCCCAGCAGCGGCUGGAGGAGGGGGUGGAGGAGGAGGAGGAGGAAGAGAACCAGGACGAGGACCACGACGACGAAGAAGCCGCCUCCGCCAGCGAGGAGGAGCCCCGUCCCUGCAGCCCUCAGCCCGGUUCCCCUGCGAGUGUUGGUCCCCCCGCAAUCCCCGGCCCGGGCCAUCCGCGGUGUUCGCUGGACGUGCUGCGCGGCAUGAGGUCGGAGCUGGCCGGGGCGCGGCGGCGGCUCUCCGAGGGCAGGCUGGCCGCCUGCCCCCGCACCCUCCUGCAUCGCAUCCGCCAUCGGGCGCUGAGCCUCUGCCCCAGCCCGGCGCCGAGUCAAUGCCCGGUGCCGCCUGCGGGCUCCGCGCCCCCGGUCCCCAGCACCCCCGCGCCGCCCCCGCGGCCCUCCACGGCCGGCGCCAUGCCCCCGCUGCGGAGCCACAAGCCCACGGUCGCGUCCCUCAGCCCGUACACCUGCCUGCCACCUCUUGGGGGGGUGUCUCAGCGUCUCAGUACCUGCAGAUCACACCCUGCUUCUGCUGAUCUGCUGUCUGCCCUAAGCCAGGAGGAGCAAGAUCUCAUCGGGCCAGUGGUUGCCCUGGGGUAUCCCCUGCACAGGGCGAUCGGGGCUCUGCAGAAGACAGGGCGACAGAGCCUGAGCCAGUUUCUUAGCUACCUUAGCGCCUGUGAUCGGCUGCUGCGGCAAGGCUACGAGGAGAGCCUGGUGGAGGAGGCCAUGGAGAUGUUCCAGUUCUCCGAGAGCCAGGCAGGGGAGUUCCUGCGCCUGUGGGAACAGUUCAGUGACAUGGGCUUCCAGCAGGACCGGAUCAAGGAAGUGCUGCUGGUCCAUGGCAACCAUCGUGAGCAAGCCCUGGAGGAGCUGGUGGCCUGUGCCCAGUGACCUCUGCGUCUUCCACAAUGCCCGUGCAUCCCUGCCCAGUGCCAGACCUGGCAAUCCAUUCCAGCCUUGUUAUUAAGACUACAUAAGAGGGAAACCUGGCUGGCUCAGUCAGCAUGCAUCUCUUGAUUUAAAGGUUGUAAGUUCGAGCCUCAC